AUGUAUCAACAAGAAGCAUAUUCAACUCUUGUUGUAUUAUCCCAUAAAGAUCAUAGUUGUGUUGACGUGGCUAAAUUAAAGGACAAAUUUCCACUCCUUCUCCUAACCGAACAUCAAACAUUUCUACUAAAAGAAGUGAUUAAUAAUCACUUUCUCGUUGUGGUUUGCAUGAAGAAUUGGGGGAACCAGAACCAAAGGCCACAAAACAAAGUAAUACUCAACACUCUUUCCCAAAAUAUUCAUCAGAAGCGGUCCAGUCAUAUCAUCUUACGUUUUGCACGAAAUGGAACUAACAACACAGCUCUUUACGACAUACCUUAUUUGAAUGAGAUAUUUCAAUAUUGUCAGGAUCAACAUAUGUCACAUGUGGUUGCACUUCAUCAAAAUUUUCCUUUGCAAUAUAACAUUUAUUAUACAUUUUUAAUUUUUCCCAGAAUUCAAGUUAAAUCAAUCCACUAUAACAAAAAUAAUUCCAAUGGAGUGUAUGAUAAGGAUAGAAACAAACUUAACCAUUUCGGUUAUUCAUUACGAACGAUUCACGAUGAAAAACCCUUCAACACAUUGUUAUACAAUGAUCCGACAGGCCAACUUCGAUUAGCGGGCUAUUUAGGAACAUUUAUACAUUAUAUUGCACAAUACUUAAAUGCUACUUUAGAGUUGUCAGAUCUUACAAAGAGAGGACAAACAGUUUCAUAUACUGAGAUAAGCGCUCUUUUGAAUAACAAAAGUAUUGAUAUACCGGCGUCAACUUUUUUCAGAUGUAUUGAUAAAUAUAAAUCGUAUUCAUAUCCAAUUUUUGUGACAAAACCCUGUUUGUUAAUACCAAUUGAGGCUAAAUUGACAGUACGAGAAAGUUUAUUGAAACUAAUUCUAUCUUAUACGACAUUGUAUUUGAUUGGUCUUUAUAGUGUAUUUGCUAUCCUAUUACAUUUAGUGCGAUUUAAAUACAAGCAAACUAAUCAUAUGUUUAAAUAUCAAUUACCCGAUAUCGUAAUACACGAACAGGUAUUUCGUGGAUUGUUGGGACAAAGUUUUCCAUUCAAUUUUACGAAUGUCAAUUGGCUAACAGUGUUUAUUACAUCGAAUCUACUUCUCACUGGAUAUAUUUUUAGCACUUUCCAUCAAGCUUCUCUUCAAACGUACUUAACACGUCCUCCUUAUAAAGCUCGCAUUCGUAACAUGGAUGAUUUUGUGAAAUCACCAAAUAAAAUUUUAAUCCCAAAACAAAUAUAUGAUACAAUCAAUUCUAAGCUGAAACAAUUUGCUGAAAAAUGCACAUUUUCAAAAUCAAUGGAAGAAUAUCAGAAAGCUCUUCUAGGGCUUAAUGAUAAUUUCACAUACAUUAUUCCAAGCUGGCAAUGGCCACUAAUAAAUUCAAUGCAAUCAUCAUUUCCUCGUCCAAUAUUUCGAUUUAAUCGUGAGCUGUGUGAAACAAGUAUUCCAUUGAGCAUACCAUUGGAAGAAAAUUCUGUAUAUGAAGAAGUAAUUAAAGAGAUGGUUUUGCAACUACAAGCAUUUGGAUUAUUCGAACUUUGGAUGCGCAAUUCAUACUACGAUUAUACUGCACAUAAUCAUAUUCCACAUGAAAAACUCGAAUAUAAGAAGCAAGAACAACUGAGUGCUCUCAAACUUGAAGACAUCGACUUAAUAUUUUAUUUUUUGUUAUGUAGCUGUCUACUCAGUAUCUUGGUUCUGAUAAUGGAAAUCUGCAUAAGUCGUGAUACUUUGAAAAAUUUAUAA